AUGGCCGACAACAUGUGCGGCCCGUCCAGCGGCGCCAAGUCACUUGUUGCGCAUGCCGAGCGCGACCGCACUCUCCACCAAGACCGCCUCGCCAACGGCCCCAACGUCGGUGCCGGUGCUUCUUUCCGAUCCCAGAUGCAGCACUCUGGUGCCGCCGACAUGGCCUUUGAGGGUUUCCAGCAGGGUAGACCCAUGGACCCUGUCCACUCCAUGUCCCCGGUUGUCAAAUUUAACCCGCAGUCGCCCAUGAACAUUGCUAGCUUUGCCACCGGAGCUUAUGGCAACCACCUGAGCGGUGCGCCUGCCGUCUUUGGUGCCGGCCCGGCCGGCCAUUUCAAGCCCUUCCCGGCCCCGGACGGCGCCCCCCAGGAGUGGCUCGACCAGUUUGCCAACAUGCACGUCGUUGACACAGCCCACAAUGGUCCCGCUAUGACCAACCAGCCGAUGGCCAUGAUGAUGCCAGGACCCGUCGAUCACAACCAGCUUGCCGUCGGUCUCCAGCAGAACCUCAUGAUGGCCCGUCCGUACGGCGCUCCGCCCAUGUUUGGAACCCCCAUCUCCGCGUUUUCCCACGGCUUCCAGACUGCGGACGUGAACGGAACCGCCAAGGUCGCCGAGGCCAGCUUCGUGGGCGGAGAGUCGAACAUCGAUGUCGAGGCUUUUAACCGUGCCUUUGGCGAGUAUGACGAGGCUGAGUUCGAGCGCGAGCUGACUAACUGGAAGGAGGAGCAGGCUAUUGCUGAUAGAGAGUUUAUCGAGGCCCAGGAUGAGUGGAUGGCCGAGCAUGGCCCCAAGGCCGAGGCUCGCACAGUCCAGCCUCCCACCUUGGAGGAGAUGGCAGUCAUUAAUACAGAUCUCGAGAUUCUUGCCCAGGAGCUCGAGGAGAACCAGGCUGACAUCCGCCGCCACCGCGAUGAUGACGAUCUCGCCCAGGCUGCUGUCGAUAUUCUCAACUCGGUUGCUGGAAACGAGUCGGAGAAAUUCAAAAACUCCAACUUUUUUCAGCUCAUGCGCCGCAUUGGUAACAAGGAAAUUGUGGUCGAGGGCCCUAACCUCAUUGACGCCGUGACUGGCGAGACCAUCGUCCCCAAUAAGGACACCGCCCAGAGCGGUCUGCUUGCUAGCCAGGAUUCGGGCACCGACAGCAUUUCUACUCCUACUUCGACCGGCGACAAGGCCGACGGCCAGAGCGGCGAUGCCGACCACAACCUGCACCAUGCUGUGGCCUGA